AUGGCUUCAUUUGAUUUCCAAUCACUGUUUACGAAUGUUCCCGGUCGGGAGGUCAUACGUAUCAUGUGUGAUCAUGUGGAGCAAAACCAACUGAAAAUCGGUAUACCAGUAUCAGUUCUGGUACGACAAUUACUACUGUGCACAACAAACGUAUCGUUCUCCUUCCUUGGUUGGGCUUACAGACAAAUUGACGGUGUCGCAAUCCGAACUCCAUUGAGCCCCAUUCUGGCACAUAUGUUUUUGGCUCAUCUUGAGGAAAAGGCGAGCAAAAUCCUCGAACGUUCACAACUUUAUAAACGAUACGUUGAUCAUGUUCUAGUCAUCACAAUAAGUCUAGAAGAGACAACAUGGAUUAUGGAUAAACUCGAUCGCCUGCAUCCGAAUAUACGAUUUACGAUGGAAACAGAAAUCGAAGAUACACUGCACUUCCUCGACAUUAAAAUGACUAGGAAUAAUGAUGGAACAAUGGCCAGAUCUGUUUACCGAAAAGAAACUUGGACAGGCCAAUGCUUGCAAUUUGACAGCUUUGUGUCUGUGGAAUAUGAACGUGGUCUGGUCCGAACACUAUUUCAAACAGCACGACAUAUCUGCACAGAAGACAUGAUUGACAACGAACUACGACAGCUGAAAGAAUCUUUGACUAGGAACGCUUAUCCCGAUGCGUUUAUCGAAAAGCACAGCAAGCCUAAAUUGAUCAGACAAACGAAUUGUUCAGCAGAAAAACUACUAGUCACCAUUUGUCUUCCAUUCAUACGUGAUGACAUCAAUUGCUUGCUCAAACGACCACUUGGAUCAGCGCUUGCCAAAAACAAAUAUUAUGCACCUGACCUCAGAAUUAUUCAUCGAACGAUUGAGAUCCCCACACCCUCGGUGAAACAACGUCCACCAAUGUACACCAAAUCGAAUCUGAUUUACCAAUUUCAGUGUAGUUGCGGAGCAACCUACUUGGGUCGAACAGAGCGCCAGUUACGUAACCGAGUGAUUGAAUAUAUUCCAAAUUGGGUACAACGUUUUGUGAUGCAAUCAGGGUCAGAUCAAAGGCAUAAUGACAACGUUCGAAACCAUAAGAUCCCGUCGUCGGCUGUCGGCCGUCGGCCGUCGGCCGUCGCUCGUCAUCUUCUGAUGACGCAACAUCCAGCUGACCGAACCACUGCGUUUCGGGUCAUUUACGUGGCAAAGAAUACCAGGCUUUUGAGACAAAUUGACGGUGUCGCAAUCCGAACUCCAUUGAGCCCCAUUCUGGCACAUAUGUUUUUGGCUCAUCUUGAGGAAAAGGCGAGCAAAAUCCUCGAACGUUCACAACUUUACAAACGAUACGUUGAUCAUGUUCUAGUCAUCACAAUAAGUCUAGAAGAGACAACAUGGAUUAUGGAUAAACUCGAUCGCCUGCAUCCGAAUAUACGAUUUACGAUGGAAACAGAAAUCGAAGAUACACUGCACUUCCUCGACAUUAAAAUGACUAUGAAUAAUGAUGGAACAAUGGCCAGAUCUGUUUACCGAAAAGAAACUUGGACAGGCCAAUGCUUGCAAAUUGACAGCUUUGUGUCUGUGGAAUAUGAACGUGGUCUGGUCCGAACACUAUUUCAAACAGCACGACAUAUCUGCACAGAAGACAUGAUUGACAACGAACUACGACAGCUGAAAGAAUCUUUGACUAGAAACGCUUAUCCCGAUGCGUUUAUCGAAAAGCACAGCAAGCCUAAAUUGAUCAGACAAACGAAUUGUUCAGCAGAAAAACUACUAGUCACCCUUUGUCUUCCAUUCAUACGUGAUGACAUCAAUUGCUUGCUCAAACGACCACUUGGAUCAGCGCUUGCCCAGAACAAAUAUUAUGCACCUGACCUCAGAAUUAUUCAUCGAACGAUUGAGAUCCCCACACCCUCGGUGAAACAACGUCCACCUCUGUACACCAAAUCGAAUCUGAUUUACCAAUUUCAGUGUAGUUGCGAAGCAACCUACGUGGGUCGAACAGAGCGCCAGUUACGUAACCGAGUGAUUGAAUAUAUUCCAAAUUGGGUACAACGUUUUGUGAUGCAAUCAGGGUCAGAUCAAAGGCAUAAUGACAACGUUCGAAACCAUAAGAUCCCGUCGUCGGCUGUCGGCCGUCGCUCGUCAUCUUCUGAUGACGCAACAUCCAGCUGA